AUGUUACAUGUAAUUGCUUUCUUUGACUUCAGAAAAACUAAUGGGGCUCUGCAGUUUAGUGUGAAGGAAAUUACUUCUGACACGCUGUUUGAAAUUGCAUCAUUGGCCGCUCCCAUUCGACCUGGUGAGGACUAUUUUGCUAAGAAACCUAAUUCUUGGCUCAUAGAUGCAAAUACUUUCGAAGAACUCUCCGCCAGGAUCUAUCGCAGUCUCAAUGGAAAAGUUUGGAUGGGUCAUGACAUAGUUAAAGUCGACAUCCCAAACUUGAUGGCUGAAUUUGCUAGAAUUAAUCAAGUGCCGCCUAAACCUACUCACGUAAUCGAUGCAGUUCACUUCACAAAUUCCGGGACGGAGUUGGCCAUAGCUGCGCUGAAGCUUGGUUUAGGUCGUAAAGGAUCCGGGAGCAUUCAGGCUUGCGAAAAGAAUCUUGAGGCUAUCAAGCGAUGUCGAUUCAUGGUGUCACCUUUGGAGCUGGUUAAGGUGAGUAACUCUGACGACGAUAAUAUGGAUUCCGUCGUUGCUCUCAUCAAAUAUUAUGACGAGAAGGCAAGAGCUACGAGCAGGUUGUCUAAGCUAUCAUUGUGA